GGGAUUACGGAGGAUUUUGUUUGUUCCAACAUCAACACCAACACCAACAUCCUUUUCUUUUCUUACUGUUUUUCCUUUUCUCUUUUCUUUUACGAUCGUUUUCUUCCCAGCAUGUCUGUCUCACGCGGUGUUGUUGCAUUGGUAUUGGUUGGUUAUGCGUUGGCGGCACCUGCUCCGCAAGUUACGACAUCACCGGAAAAGGUCGCUGGUUUACAGGGUGUUACGGAGCCAUGUGCCCAAGUUAAUAGCAUAAUAGACAAUUGGAAUAGCCCAUCAGGUAAGGAGUUUACCAUCCUUUUAGUUUUCCCCGUUCACACUCCCUAGGAGCCACGUCUGGAAAUACAGACAAAGCACGUAUUCCGGUAUCACUCGCUAAACAAUGUCUGGAUUCUGUUCCUCUGAACGUAUUCAAUGCACAAAAAUAUCUCGAUUACUACCUUCCUUACCUGAAUCUUCAAAGUACACUCGCUUAUCUGAAAGACCCCCCCAAAUGGUGGACACUGGAUGCUGUUGACGUGCUUGGCGGGGUUAAGCAGAUCUCGAAGAAUAUCAAGACGGGGUAUUAUAAGAGCGAAUAUGAUUUUGAGGCCGAUGUUUACUUUUUGAUCAUGGUCCUACCGAGAGAUUUUCACUUUAGUGUCCCGCUUCCCUUGAUGGAUGUAUUUACAGUUGAACUUGGGCUUCCGCCAUUGGUUUCGGUCUCGAUCGAUGGGAAAAAUAUUCCCCAGGUUUAUGUAGUUAGUAAGUAUCCCAUCGCAUCCGGCCUAUAUUGCUCCCUUUAAUACUAACCCAUUGCUCAGGUGAUCUAUACAAACUCCACAACUCCUCAGUCGGCCUCCCAUAUAAACCAUCCCCCAUCAAAACCAUUAAUGGUGAACCAGCCGCAGACUUCAUGCUCCACAUGGCUCUCGACGAAAAACAAUAUCAUGAUCCCGAUGCAAUAUACAACCUUGCCUUCACGGAAAUUCCUCUCAAGGACAAAAUUGAUGACAGAAUGGGACAAAUCUACAGCCAUGGUUUCAACGUUGACAAAACCACCUGGACAUUCCAGAACGGAACAACCAAAUCAAAGGACAACUACGCAACCGUAGUUAAAGGCUUCACAAACAUCAAGAGUGGAAAAGAUGUGUAUGAGAAGUUGGUCCUCUCGCCAUCCAAAACUACGGAGGACGACAGUCUCGCAUCGGCAAUAAAUGCAAUUAUGAAUCCGAAAAAGCAGGACGCUGCGACUCCUGUGCAACCUGGAGAUGCAUUUCCUUCCCAGGCAGGGUUCCCAGUUCCUGUUCUUGGGGACCCGGCUGGAAAAACGGCGGGUUAUUACCUCAAGGCUCCUAAUGACAAUGUUGCUGUUCUUGAUAUCACCGGUUUUGAGAAUGAAGAGAAGACGGAGAUCAACCAAGUCACGAUCAUCUGGCAAUUCCUCAAGAAGGCCAAGGCUGAUGGGAAAACCAAAAUGGUGGUCGACGUAAGUUCACUGUUUCCUUCCAUCCUAAAAAUAUAUGGGAAUAAGAUGUUAACACGACGCAGCUUCAACAUAACGGUGGCGGACUUGUAGGGAAUGGUUAUAAAACAUUCAGCGCUUUUUUCCCCUCGGAUACUAUCCUCGGCGCCGCUCGCCAACGUUCAAAACCCAUGGUAAACUUCUUCUCCAAUAUUACCACAGCUAUGGACACCUUUAAGACGGAUAUCUUCAGCAAGACAGCUGUUGCUAAGGGUGCUUAUUCUCUUGACAAGAUGCUAGAUAAGAAUACGCAACUGUUUAAAAGUCCCAAGGACUGGGUUGGUCCCAACCAUAUCCAUGAUGAUGAUUUUACCGCCAUCGAGAGACCGGGUAAGGUGGGCAAAGGUGAGAAAGGCGGAAGUAAACCUGAUCUCUUACCGGAAAUGGAUAUUAUUCUGCUGCAGGAUGGGACUUGUGGAUCGACUUGUGCUCUGUUCUCGCAAUUAAUGAAGUCCCAAGGCGGAGUACGAAGUAUCGCAGUAGGAGGUCGAGCCAAAGCCGGUCCCAUGCAGGGUGUAGCAGGAAGUAAAGGGUAUGUACCUCUCAAAUCCACACGAAAACAUCAGCUAAUCAAGAAACAGAGCACAAGUCCUCACUCACAAACAAGUCCAAGACCUAACCCAAGCCUGCUACACCUCUUUUGCCACCCUCAAAGCAAACGAUAUCCCCUUUCCAUCUCCCCAAUCCAUUCCCCAAGAAUACAAAAUAUCCCUCCUCGACCCGCCCAUCGGAACACCCGACCUAACCGGCCGUUUCAACCUGAAGAACAACUACAACUCCACGAACGCUGAUGAAGUCCCUCUGGAAUUCGUCUACGAAGCGACGAACUGCAGGAUCUACUUUGAGCCCAGCGAUGUCUUCGACAUCGCUGGUCUCUGGGCACGAGUUGCGGACCAUGCGUGGGGUGGGAAACAGUGUGUGGAGGGAAGUACGACGAAUAAGGAUGGGUCAAUUAGUGGAAGCGCGUAUGAUACCGUGCCAUUCAGUGAUAGUGCAAAGGCGGGGGUUAAGAUUGGGUUGAAUGUCCCUACGGAGUGGGUUUGAGUAUAAUUUAGCCAUGAUUGAAGGAAGAUAAUGGGAGUAGAGUACAUUCAUGUUUAGUAUCGUGUCAUUUUUAGCGAUGGUUUUGUUAUAGGAGUUUUGUUGGGAGCGAGUUUGCAUUGAAUUGGUGACUUAUAUAGGAUUCAAAUCUUUGUUUACAAUAGAG